GUUAUUACGAAAAGCCGGUACCCGAUAUGUUGGUACCAAAAGAGGCAAUUAUAGAAAAUUGGAGCCGCCCUAGUGGAAAGUCAGGCGGCGAGGAGAAUGUGGAUUUAAACGUGGAUAACAGAAGCUAUUCAGACGAGAGUGAAGGCCAGAAAGAGCGCGAAGUCUCUGAAGAUCGGACUUGGGUGCUUCAGGCUGGGGCCGGUCGAGUAGGUCGUCGUAAAAGCAUUUACAAGAAGGGCAAGAGAGGAGGGAGCCUCUUAUUAAUCAAGCACAAGAACGGUCAAGUCAAGAUCAGCGGCCAGCGUGUGAAGCUGGGCGAUGUGAGGCACCAUGUGCACGCGAAUACAGCAGAUACUGCGGACGUCAACGCUGUGGCAGAUGUAGUCUUGACCCAGGAGAGCGACAAAGACAUCUUGAUUGAAAAGCUCAGCCCAAUCACGAAGAAAAGGAGACGUAUAGCUUUCUCCUCCAACACCAGAGCUGAUUGGGUCAAGCUUCACCCCCUGGCCGAUAUCUUGGUAGACAAUGGUUUCGACGUAGAUAUUUUCAUCACAGGUAUGCACAUGGUCAAAGAGUAUGGUUCAACCUACGAAGAGAUCGUGAAGAACAGAAAAUUCGGCGUUUUUACCAGACAGACAUGGGCUCCUGGCGACAGCGAGAUCGAGAAUGCCACGGCUACAAUGGGAGCGACGUUCCAAUUGCUUCAACAAUUCGACUACGAUCUUCUAAUUGUGCAUGGGGAUCGGCUCGAAGCAAAAGCAGCAGCCGAUGCUGCCCACCUAUCUCGAUGUCGACUCGGACACGUUGAAGGUGGAGAACUUACCGGUGGCGAUGAUAACAAGAACCGAUAUGCAAUCACGGCGAUCGCUGAUUACCACUUUCCAAGCAGCCAAGAUGCUGCUGAUCGCCUCAUCGCAUCUGGUCAAAGGAUCGGGACAAUUUUUCCUAUCGGAUCCCCGGAUCUCGACGUUUUCCUGAGACCCAGUGCAAUUUCCAUUGACGAUGUGUUGCGGAAGUACAGCAUCCCCUUCAAGGAGUUCGGAAUUGCUCCUUUUCACACUAACUCAGCGGAAAGCGAGUCGUCCGGAGAACAAGCAAAGAACUUCUAUGGGGCACUGUUGGAUUCUGGGCGAAACUUUGUCAUUCCUAGACCAAACAACGAUAAAGGAACGGAGAAGGUUCAAGAAGUACUUGAUGCCCUACCCAAGAACCGUGUUUGUGUUGCCCCAAAUUUUGAGUUUAAUGAUUACAUUGUUCUUCUGAAAGAAGCUGGAUGUGUUGCAGGAAACAGCAGCGUAGUUGUCACUUCAGCACCAGCGUUAGGAAAACUAUGUCUCAACAUCGGAAGUCGUCAACAAGGACGAGCCCCACCAACCGAUGGUUUGUUCAACUUCAGCCCUAACGAUAGGGAAGGCAUUCUUGGAUGCCUUGCAGAAAAUUGGGGUGGGAAGUACUCAAGAAACGUCCACUACGGAGACGGUCGUGCUGCCGAGAGGUUUUUUGAAGCUCUAAAUAGUGAAGAAUUUUGGAAGGUCUCUCAACAGAAGCUUCUAUUCGAUCAGAAAGCAUCUUGA